CUCGGCACAAACUCACAACUCUUCCUCAAGCCCUACUCUGCAGUUCAGCAUAGAUCACCAGCAAAGUAUGGAACUACGGAAGGUGCCAGUGCACAUUGAUAGGAGAGCACUAUUAGGACCGCAUCAAGGAUAAAGUUUAACAAAGCCUGUGAGGAACCCCAGCUAGGAAGAGCUGAAGAUCCAUGAAGAGCCACUGAAGAUGGGUUUCAUGACAGCAGGCAAAUUGCUUGCUGUCCUAGCAGUUGUACAGAUACCACACUGUUUUGGGAGUCUAGAAAAAGGCCAUACACCUUUUCGUUUUACUCACCAUCUUUAUAAUGCUACAAUCUGUGAGAACUCCGUUCCAAAGACCUAUGUUAUUAGUAAUGUUAAAAUGGGAAUUAUUGUUACAGACCCCUUCUGGAAAAUAAAAUAUAAACUUGUCUCUGGAGAUGAGGAUGGCCUUUUCAAAACUGAGGAAUAUACAGUGGGUGACUUUUGUUUCUUGAGGAUACGGACUCGUAGCAGUAAUGCUGCAUUACUUAACAGAGAAGUGAGAGACAGCUACACAUUGACCAUUCAGAGCACUGAGAGUAUGUAUGAAUAUGAGGCCAGGACUAAGGUAGUGAUCCAUGUCCUAGAUGCUAAUGACCUGAAGCCCCUUUUUUACCCAGCCUCAUACAAUGUUACAGUUAAAGAGGACACCCCUUUAAGAUCCAGCGUGCUCAAGGUUAGUGCGACUGAUGCUGAUUUGGGCAGUAACGGAGAAUUCUAUUACUCCUUCACGAGUCGGUCUUCGCCCUUUGCGAUUGAUCCUUCCACAGGAACAAUCACCUUGGCUAAGAAGCUGCAGUACAACCACACACCAAAGUAUGAGCUGAGAGUUCUAGCUGAAGACCGAACAAAGAAGAUUGCUGGAGUCAGGAAGUUUGGGAAUGACGCAAAGGUCGUCAUCAACGUGAAAAAGGUUAAUCCCGAGCCCCCUGUAAUUAAAUCAGUAACAAUUUCAACACCAGACGGAGAUGACGAAGAAACUUAUGCAGCUGUUGAGGUGGGGAGCACCGUAAAAGAGGUGGAAUCUUUGACCAUUGUGAAAGGAGACCCACAGCAUUACUUCCAAAUCAUUCCCUCUCAUUCAGGAUCCCGGGACUUCCAGGUAGUAGCCACAAAAAAGCUGAACUGGCUAAACUACCCCCUUGGUUUCAAUCUCUCCAUCCAGGCCAAAGACAAACAUAACCCACCUUUGCUUUCUGAGAUUAAGGCUGUUCACAUUCCCUUUCCAAGGCCUGCUCCCUUGAAAUUCGAGAAGAAAAUCUACAGUGUGACGCUGAGCGAGUUUUCACCACCAAACACUCCUGUCAUCCGAGUUGUGGUGAACCCAAGCCCAUUGAAUGUCACCUACCAUAUAAAAAAGACCCCAGAUAGCACUAAAUUUAGAAUCAACGCCAAGAGUGGCCUGAUUGUAAUCACUGAACAACUGGACUAUGAGAAGGAGUCUCAUUAUGAAUUUGAUGUGAUGGCAAAUCACGGUGAGGCAGAAGCAAAGGUCACUGUUGAUAUCAUUGAUGAAAACGAUAACGCUCCAAAAUUUGCCAGGCCCUCUUAUCAAGGCACAGUCCUUGAACACGUACCCAUUGGGAAUAGCAUCUUAACAGUGACCGCUGUUGAUGGCGAUACCCAGAAAAAUGGCUUUAUAACAUAUGCCAUUGCCAAUAAGGGUCCACUUCCUUUUACAAUUGACCCAUUCACAGGUGUCAUUUCCACCUCUGAAGAACUUGAUUAUGAACUCAUGCAAAGGUGGUAUCAUCUUAGGGUGUGGGCAUCAGACAGUGGCGCUCCAUACAGUCAUGUGACCGAAUGUGCUGUUACGCUCAUCAUGAGCAAUAUCAAUGAUAACAUACCAGAGUUUGAAAAGGUGGGAUGCAAUGCAACUAUCCCUCAAGACCUUGCCGUUGGAGAAAUCAUUGGUGUCAUGUCUGCAAUUGAUCUGGAUGAGCUGCAGCAAGUGAGGUAUAAGAUGGAGUCUGGCAAUGAACUGGGACUUUUUGAAAUCAGUCCAGUAUCUGGAAAGAUUUUGCUGAAGAAAAGGAUUCCUGUAAUUUCAUCUGCUGGUCGGUUGCCUUCAUAUAGUCUAACUAUAACUGCAACUGAUGGAGAGAAUUAUGCUGUCCCAACCACUGUUAAUGUUGUUGUGAAAGACAAAGGUAUACAAAGCAGUAUGAAGUGUGAGGACACUGGAGUUUUCAAAAAGUUGACCGAAAAACUGAUUCAAUCAAUCAAACCAGAAACUUCCAUUCAAGAAGCAGACUCUUUUUCUGACAUUCACAUCAUUAAUCGUCAUUCUCCUAAAUUUGAUGGGAGUCUUCCAAGUUCUAUUGAUGUUAGAGAAGACAUGCCGGUUAAUUCAACAAUCCUUCAGUUUAAAGCAGCUGAUGAAGACACGGGUUUUAAUGGCAAGUUAGUGUAUGUCAUCUCUGAUGGGAAUGAAGAUGGAUGCUUUACUAUUGACAUGGAAUCCGGAGAAGUGAAGUUGCUUUCUCCAUUAGACAGAGAAACUACAGGAUUCUACAUUCUUAAUAUAACUGUCUAUGACUUAGGGAUUUCCCAAAGGUCUUCCUGGAAGUUCUUAGCAGUUAAUGUUUUAGAUGUUAAUGACAACCCACCACGAUUUGAGCAAUCAAAGUAUAUUUUAACCAUACCUGAAAAUACAGGAAUUGAAAAGAGCAUCUUGCAAGUUAAAGCAGUAGAUGUCGACUUGGAAGUUAACGGGAAGAUCAAAUAUUCCCUCAUAACUGAGACAGAUAAAUUUGCAAUCAACGACUACACAGGUGUUGUGAGGGUGAAUAAGCCUUUGGACAGGGAAGUAUCUCCAAGAUAUGAACUCAAAAUUGAAGCCAGAGAUCAGGCCACUGUAGACCCCACUUUGUUUUCGAUAGCCGAGAUUGUGGUGAUUUUAGAAGAUGUUAAUGAUAACCCUCCCACAUUUGUUCCAAAGUUUUACAAAGUACAGGUACCGGAGGAUGUACCCAUUGGAACAAUAAUAUUAUGGGUUGAAAUAUAUGAUCCAGAUCUUGGCUCAGGAGGACAGGUUAGCUAUAACCUGAUGGACAAUGAGAAUGGAGCAUUUUACUUAGAAGCCUCAAUAGGAUCACUGAGUUUGGAGAAAGAAAUGGACUUUGAGCAGCGGCAGUUUUACAAUCUUACCAUUCGGGCUGUGGAUCACGGACAACCACGGUCCCUCUCCUCCUCCUGUUUUGUUGAGGUGGAGGUUUUGGAUGUGAAUGAAAACUUGAAUGCUCCACUUUUUUCAUCGUUUGUCUACAAGGCAGAGGUGGUAGAGGAUACUCCUGUGGGCACAUCUAUUAUGUCUCUGACAGCUGUGGACAAGGAUCGUGGAAGAGAUGGAGUAGUGAGAUACUAUAUCAGGGAAGGAAGUGGCCUUGGAGUCUUCAGUAUUGAUGAAGACACAGGCAUAAUAAGAACUGCAGAUAUCUUGGACAGGGAAUCUACCCCUCACUAUUGGCUUACAGUUUAUGCGACAGACUUGGGAGCUGUCCCUCUGGUUUCAUGGACUGAGGUUUUCAUUGAAGUGAUGGAUAUUAACGACAACCCUCCUGAGUUUUCCCAGCCUGUUUACUUUGGUUCUGUCCUGGAGAAUUCCCCCCAGGACAAAUUCAUUCUUCGGGUGGAGGCCAGCGAUGCUGACAUUGCCUCUGAAGGAAAACUCACCUUCCAGAUCCUUGACACACAGCGAACAUAUUUCACAAUCGGCUCCAAGACAGGAGUAAUCAGCACUUCUGCACCGCUGGAUCGAGAACAGAAAGCAGAGCAUAUCCUUGAGGUCACAGUCUCAGACAAUGGCAAGCCUCCCCUGCGCUCCACGGCCACUGUUAUCAUUCAAGUGCUGGAUGUGAAUGACAACAGCCCCCGCUUUGCCCACAAACUGUUUUAUGUAAGGCUGCCAGAGCGCCAGGACGUGAGAGAACCGCAGGAAGUGUAUAGAAUGAUUGCUCACGAUAACGACGAUGGACCCAAUGCCCGGGUCACCUAUAGUCUUAAGGAAGAUGCAGACAAUACAUUUUCCAUUGAUCCCAUCACUGGGAUUGUGUCCUCUGAGAGCAACUUUGGCCCGGGAGCUUACAGCAUCCUCACGAUCAAAGCAACGGACAGUGGAAGUCCUAAUAGGAGCUCAACAUCUCGACUUGAUGUUGAAUGGAUUCCCAAACCUGCCCCUACCUCUGAGAUGCUGGCUUUUGAUGAGCCUCACUUUAACUUUGCUGUCAUGGAGACAGACCCUGUAACUCAUAUGGUCGGAAUAAUCAGCACAGAAAUCACACAAAGCCUGCUUUGGUUCAACAUUAUAGGUGGUGACAGCGAAAAGGAGUUUGACAUAGAGAAAAACAGCGGGAGCAUUGUUAUUGCCAGACCAUUGGAUGCGGGAAAGAGGUCAAACUACAACCUGACUGUGAGAGUCACAGAUGGAACCCAAUCUAUCAAAACACAGGCUUACAUCCGUGUGGUGGACAUCAACAAGCACAGACCUGAAUUUCUCAAGAGCCAUUAUGAGGUGAAGGUUCCAGAAGACACUGCCCCUUGGAAAGAGAUCCUGCAGCUCAGUGCACAAGAUAAGGAUGGGAGCAGCAGCUUGGUCUACACCAUUCAGAGCAGCAUGACCCCAGCCAGUGUCAAUUUCUUCAGCCUGAACCCCAACAGCGGGGCUCUCGUUCUGACGGAGAAGCUGGACUUUGAGACUCUGCCUGUUCACACUCUCACUGUGAUGGUGAGAGAUCAGGAGAUCCCAGUGAAGCGGAACUUUGUGAAAGUGGUUGUUCACGUGGAAGAUUGCAAUGACCAUGCUCCUGCCUUCAUGAGCUCACGAUACGAAGGACGUGUCCUCAACAUGGCUACAGCUGGGGCAGAGGUGUUACAAGUCAAAGCUCUGGAUAAAGACAAAGGGAGCAAUGCAGAAAUCAUCUACACGUUUCUCUCCGGAAACACUGAGGGUGCUUUUGCUAUUGACCCAAAGACUGGAAGAAUUACAGUGGCAAAGCCCUUAGAUAACCUUCCACAAGAAAACUACCAAAUCACAGUGGAAGCCACCGACCAGGGCUUUCCACAACGCAGUGACAUCAGCACUGUAGUCAUUCACAUCAACCUUUCUGUCGAAACCCCACCCAGAUUCCUCAUCAAUGAGUAUUUUGCAGAAAUUAGUGAAGCAGCACCUGUGGGAUCGCCAGUGACUACAGUGUCAGCAUCCAGCCCCUCAGGUGUACGAUAUCAAAUUAAAGAUGGAGACCCCAAUGGGACUUUUCAGAUAAACAGUUUCUCAGGAGUGCUUUCCACCCAAAAAGCUUUGGAUUUUGAGAAGAAUUCUUCUUAUCAGCUUGAAAUCAGGGGUUCCACACUGUCCGGGACCUUUUCUGACACGAUUGUUUUUGUGUAUGUGAUUGAUGAGAAUGACAACGCACCCUCUUUUCUCCGGGAAGAGUUCAUAGGUCAGAUCAGUGAGUCUGCUCACGAGAACAGCAUGGUGAUGGGUGAGUUAAACACACCUUUAGUCAUUCAAGCCACUGAUGCUGACAAGGAUUCAAAUGCUCUUUUGGUUUAUCAAAUCCUUGAGCCAGAAGUGCAGAAGGUCUUCAGAAUUGAACCCAGCAUGGGGACUCUCUUCCUGACAUCCAGUGUGGAUUUUGAAGUUACUUCAGAAUUUCAAUUCAGUGUGCAAGUCCAUGACUCUGGGGAACCUCCACUAUAUGCAUCUAAACCAUCAAAGGUGACGGUGCGUGUCCUUGACAUUAAUGACUGUCCCCCCAAAUUUUUGAAACAACAAUAUGAAUCUUCUCUCAUAUUACCUGCUUUUCAAGGGAUGGAAGUUAUAAAAGUGUUGGCAAGCGAUGCCGAUUCAGAUGUUAUAUACAGCAUCAAUGAAGGCAAUGUUAACAAUGCUUUUGCUAUUCAUCCUAGCAGUGGCCUCAUCACAGUGAACAAUGCUUCCAACCUCAGACAGAACUAUCAGCUUUUUGUAAAAGCCUCUGAUGGACUGUACAAAGACACAGCUCUUAUUAAAGUCAACUUCACCAGCAUUACAGGGCAUGGUCUUGUGUUUCAGAACAAGUUCUACGUGGCCACUGUUUCUGAGAACAGUACAUCUGUUAAAACUUUGCUUGUAGUGAGAGCCUCUGGGAGCUAUUUGAAUGAGCCUUUGAUCUACUCAGUUUCAAACUCAGAUGGGAUGUUUUCAGUCAUCCCAACUUCUGGGGUUCUGGAAACAACAGGCAUUCCCUUCGAUAGGGAGAGGCAAGACGUAUAUGAUGUGGCUGUUGAGGUCAGGGAUACCAGAGAUCCUCCCAGGAGAGCCCUCACCUAUGUGAAGGUGUAUGUAGAUGAUAUCAAUGAUAACGCACCAGAGUUCUUAAACUUACCUUAUGCUGUAACUGUCCAGGAUGAUGCAGAUCCAGGGGAUGUGCUGUUUCAGGUCACAGCAACAGACAAAGAUCUUGGAGAAAAUGGAGCUGUCAUGUUCUCUCUUCAAGAUGAUUUUGACCUCUUCAGAAUUGAUCCUUAUCUUGGGGAUGUAUCCCUUCAGCGAUCCCUUGACUUUGAAUCUAUGAAUAAGUAUGUUCUCACAGUAAUAGCGAGUGAUGUGGGUGACCCAAGCUUGACAUCUGAAGCAGAGCUUAUUGUUCAAGUGAGAAACAGGUCCAAUCCAAUAUUUCAGAAGCUUCAUUACCUAUUGAAUAUUCCUGAAAACAUUUCCCCUUUCACAACAAUCUUGCAUGUACAAGCUAGGAAUCCUGAAGGUUAUCGUCUGAUUUACAAUCUAGUAGAAGAAAAUGCUUCAAAAAACUUUCAUAUUGACUUUAAAACUGGUGUUCUAAGUGUCACCGACUUUUUGGAUUACGAGGCCCAAACUAAACACACUUUUACCGUUAGGGCCACAGAUUCAGUGACAGGGACUUACUCUGAAGCUAAAGUUGAUAUUGAAAUUGAAGAUAUUAAUGAUAACCCUCCACUGUUCCAGCAGAAGACUUACACAGCUCAUGUGUCAGAGGGAUCACCUAUUGGCACUUCAGUAAUACAGGUUUCUGCCACCGAUAAGGACUCAGGAAAGAAUAAAGCAAUAUUAUAUCAAAUAGUGGAGACAGGUCAAAAUGAUAACACUUUCUUCAGUGUUGAUGCUCUUACUGGGCUUGUAGUAACAACACAUGAACUGGAUUAUGAAGCCACUCAACAAUUUCAUUUAAAAAUCAGGGCUAUAGAUAAUGGAGUGCCUCCACUGAGCAGUGAAGCUUUCAUUGUUGUAAACGUUUCGGAUGUCAAUGAUAACCCUCCAGCAUUUAACCAAGCCCAAUAUGAUGCUGCUCUAAAUGAAAUGGCUAUGUGUGGCCAUAUCGUAAUCAAGGUCCAAGCUUCUGAUCCUGAUAGCAUAAAUGCCGACAAUCUAGAGUACAUGAUACUAUCAGGCAACAAUGACCGGCAUUUCGCCAUCAAUCAUUCCUCAGGUAUUAUCUCAUUUUCCAAUGUUUGCAAGAGAAGCUUAGAUCCUUUUUACAACCUCACAAUUGCUGUGUCAGAUGGAGUAUUCAAAAGAACAGCACCAGUUAACAUCAACAUGAUGAAUAUUAACAAGCACAGCCCACACUUUGAGCAAAAUAUCUAUGAAGCUGAGCUAGCUGAGAAUGCUGAAGCUGGGACGCAGGUUAUUAGACUAGCUGCUAUAGACCCUGAUGAUGGGCCUUACGGUAGUGUUGACUACACAAUUAUUAACAAGCUGGCUGAUGAAAAAUUUUCAAUAGACAAGAAUGGUCAGAUAGUGACUACUCAGGCCCUCGACAGGGAAAACCCAACCCAGAGAGUCAUUGCUAUCAAGGUUAUGGCCAAAGAUGGAGGAGGAAAAGUUGCCUUUUGUACUGUUAAAAUCAUACUGACUGAUGAGAAUGACAAUGCUCCCCAGUUCAAAGCCUCAGAAUAUCAGGUCUCAAUUCAGUCCUCUUUGAGCAAAGGCUCUCCUGUCAUUCAGAUUAUGGCUUAUGAUGCAGAUGAAGGCAAGAACGCCGAUGUCACUUACACUGUUGAUGAAGCAGAGGAAGUCACUGAGGAUAUUAUUGAAAUUAAUCCUUUCACUGGAGUUAUCAGUGUCAAAGAAAGUCUCGUUGGCCUGGAAAAUAAGAUUUUUAAUUUCAAAGUCAAAGCUCGAGAUGGGGGUUCUCCUUACUACAACUCCAGUGUGCCUGUCCAACUUAAUGUUGUUCCCUCUGAAGUGACUUUGCCACAGUUUUCUGAGCCUCUUUACACCUUUUCAGCAUCAGAAGAUAUACCUGUUGGUUCAGAGGUUGGGACAAUAAAGGCAGAUGCUGAUAUCCCUCUAAUAUAUAGUUUGGUGGAAGGCAACACUGUGGAAAGUAAUAAAGAAAGAGUCUUUGCUGUGGACAGUGAUAGUGGGACACUUCUAGUGCAGAAGAGUAUUGACCACGAGAAAACCAAUUGGUACCAAAUUGAUGUCAUGGCACAAUGUAAUCAUAAUGGAACUGAUGUUGCUUCAAUAGUGUCUGUGAGUAUCCAGGUCCAGGAUGUAAAUGAUAACAGUCCUGUGUUUGAAGCUGACCCUUACAGAGCUUUUCUCACAGAAAAUAUGCCUGCUGGAACCACUGUCAUUCAGGUGACGGCCAUUGAUCCGGACACUGACACAAACGGACAAGUUUCCUAUAGGCUGGAGUCUGAAUCUGACAGCAUCAACGAUGUCUUUAUGAUUGAUAAUGAAAGUGGGUGGAUCACCACCUUGAAAGAAACUGACUGUGAAACCAACGGUUUCUACGUGUUCCAUGUUGUUGCUACGGAUCAUGGAGGGAAGGUCAAACUGUCCUCUUCGGCCCUGGUGAACGUGACCAUUACGGAUGAGAAUGACAGCCCGCCAGUGUUCACUGAAGAGGUGUACCAAGGAUCUGUUGUUGAAAACAGCCCUCCUGGGGAAGACAUUACUACAGUGAGCACUACAGAUGCAGAUGUAUCAGAGGCCAACAGACAGGUUACAUGUUACAUAACAGAUGGGGACCCCCUGGGACAGUUUUCUAUGGAGCAAAAUGGACAAGAAUGGAAGGUGAAGCUAAAGGACACAGUUGACAGAGAAGUGAAAGAAAAAUAUACACUGAAGAUCACAGCAACGGAUGGAAGGUUUCAGGCCUUUUCCACAGUAGAGAUUCAUGUUCUUGAUAUCAAUGACAACAGCCCUCAGUGUGAACAGCUGUUGUAUACUGAGGUCGUACCAGAGAAUUCUCCGUCAAGACUCUUCAUACUAAAAGUUUCAGCGAAGGAUCCAGACCUUGGUACCAAUGGACAAGUUGUUUUUACUCUUCACGGUCCCAGCGCAGAAAAGUUCCAUCUCGACCCCCUGACCGGAGAGCUAUUCACGUUAGCCGUUCUGGAUCGCGAGCAGCAGAUGGAGUAUGAUUUGGUGGUAAAAGCCACGGAUGGGGGUGGACGGUCUUGCCAGGCUGAUAUAAUGUUGAUGAUCCAGGAUAUGAAUGACAACGCCCCCAGAUUCUCCAGCGAUCACUAUGUCGUAACUGUUUUUGAUAACACGACAGUGAAAACCCCCAUCGCCGUUGUCUAUGCUAAAGACCCAGACACUGGCAUCAAUUCUGAGGUGGUUUACUCUCUCAUCGACUCUGAUAGCCAGUACUUUUCACUGGAUGAAUUCUCAGGGAUCAUCCGUCUUGAAGCACCUCUGACUGAUGAAUCAAAAUCCCCAUUUGAGAUGAAGGUCCAAGCAACCGACCGGGGGCUGCCCCGCCAUCUGUUUUCUGUUUCCACGGUCACCGUCAACGUGGUGGACUUAAGUGAUUACAUACCCGUCUUUCUGAAUACCGAGUAUGUCGCUGAGAUCCCAGAAUCCACUGCUCUUGGCACAGAAGUGCUGAGUGUCUCAGCGCUGGCAAAAGAUGGAGAUCAGAACGCAGACAUUGUUUAUAGCAUCAUUUCAGGCAAUGAGCGCGGGAAAUUCUCCAUGGAUUCAAAAACUGGUGAUUUGUAUGUGAAUGGAUCCCUGGACUUUGAACAAUGCCAGGAAUAUUACCUCUCGGUUGAAGGUAUGAGAGGAAAGUCUUCCUCUCUCAGUGAUAUCACCACGGUGAUCAUUAAUAUCACUGAUGUCAAUGACAACCCGCCAAUCUUCAGCCAUGGUGAUUAUAGUGCCGAGGUACCUGAAGAUAUUGCCCUGGGAGAAACUGUUACCCAGGUUUCAGCUGAUGACCUUGAUGGGCCCCUGAACAACCGCAUCCAAUACUCAAUCGUUAGCGGCGAUCCAUGGCAGCAGUUCAGCAUGGACCCAGCCAGUGGGGAGAUCCGGGUCAUCCGGCACCUGGAUCGGGAGGAGAUCACCCAUUAUUCUCUGACAGUUCUUGCUGCAGACAGUGGAGAACCUCCACUGUCUAGUGCUGUCCAGGUGACCGUGAAGGUCUCUGAUGUCAAUGACAAUCCUCCUGUGUUCUCCCAACUCAACCACAGCCUGGCUAUUCAGGAAGGUGAUCCAGUUGGCAGCAGCAUUUUGCAACUAGUGGUGACUGACAGAGACACACAGCAAAACGGGCCUCCAUUCUCCUUUCGAAUUGUGUCUGGGAAUGAAGGAAAGCAUUUUCAAGUUGACCAAGGUGGACGGGUCUCAACUGCUAGUAUCCUGAGGAAGAAACUUCGAGAGAUGUACCUCCUGGAAGUUCAGGUGACAGACAGUGGCUACCCUCCACUUUCCUCUACAUGUCUGAUAAAACUUAGCGUCACUGAACAGAGCAAAUACCCUCCCUCUGCUGUGCCGCUGGAGGUCUUUAUAACCACAGUGGACAAGGUAUUUGUGGGCAGUGUUAUUGGAAACAUCCACGCAGCUGACCGAGAUCUCCAUGAUGUCCUCUCCUAUAAAUUGAUUUCAGAAUCGGCAAUCAAGAAGCGCUUUGAGGUCGACACUGCGAAUGGAAAAAUCACAGUAAAAGAUGUCUUGGAACCGGGACAGUACAUACUGAAUGUGACCAUCUCUGAUGGGAAGUUCACUACCCGGACUGCAGUUCAAGUUCAUGUCUGGGGUGCCACUCAGCAGGUCCUGGAUCAGGGGAUCACACUCCGCCUCGAUCAGAUGACGCCAGAGGCGUUUAUUAGAGACCACUGGUGGAACCUGCAGCACUUUCUGGGGGACAUGUUCAACAUUCAAAGCAAGAGGAUCCACGUUGCCAGUCUCCAGCAUGAUCAAAACUCUGAAUUCCUGGACUUGCUCCUGGUCUGGAGACAGCAUGGUAGCUUGUCACCCUUGUCCAGAGAGAAGCUCUCGAGUAUAGUCCAAGGCAUUAAGGAUUCUCUCGGUAUCAGUAUAAUGGAGGUCAAUCAUGGUUCUUGCAUGGAACCUGGGUGCCCAUCACGAGAUUGUAAGUCCACUGUCCGCAUGUCUAAGGAGACCAACUCGACCUACACGACAGAAAGCACAAGCUUCAUAACCCCUCAGCACUCAUGGGAGAUAGUGUGCUCAUGUAAUGAAUCAGCAAUUAUGUUCAAUGGAAACAGCUUCCUUAAAUACCAUUACCACGAGGAUGCUGAGAAUAGUAAGCUGAAGCUGACUCUUCGUAUCAAAACCUAUCAGCAGCACGGGCUUGUCAUGACAACCAAUGGAACGCAUGUAGGAUCAUUGGAGAUUGUUGACAAGGAGCUCAAAUUUAAGUACAGCUGUGGGAAUGGCCUUCCCGGAGCUCUGGGUGUGAGGAACGUCCCCAUUUCAGAUGGCCGCUGGCACCAGGUCCUUCUGGAGGUGAACAGCACUGUGCUGCGGGUAACUCUGGACAAGCUGCACUCCUCAGCCAUCACACUGUCUGAGCCCUGCAGCCUGCUCCGGGGCAAGAGCCCACUGGUCUUCGGCGGGCCAGUCCUGCCCGCCCCAGUGGACACACCUGCCCGGGGGUUCAAGGGCUGCCUGGACGCCCUGGAGCUCAACGGAGAAGCCAUAAGGACAGGUGUGGGAGGUGAUGCCCUCAUGGGCGGAGUAAGAAGGGUGACUGGAAUCUAUCAGUGCUGCUCCCCGACAGAAAGCUGUUCCUUUGAACCGUGUCAGAAUGGAGGAACCUGCACGACUCAAUCUAAUGGAGAGUUCCAGUGUAGCUGCCCUCCACAGUACUUUGGCUCUCGUUGCGAGGCAGAUAAUGAUCCCUGUCAGUCUCAGCCAUGCGCAAAUGGAGGUGUCUGUGUGGCGGAAGGUCAAGGUUACAUCUGCCACUGCCCAGAGCAAAACACAGGAAGCAGGUGUGAAAGUCACAUUGAUGUGUGCUCUCCAAAUCCGUGCGAGGCAGGUUUUGAAUGUAAGGUAUCUGCAGGCGAGCCGCCAAGGCACGAAUGUGUGAAUUCCCUGCCAGUGAUAUCCGACAGACUGGGAGUGAGAGAAAUUAUUGAAAUCUGUGCUGCCUUGUUGGGGGUCCUCCUGCUGGUUGGAGCUUUCAUCUUCCUACGCAAGCGCUACCUCCAGAGGAGGAAGCACAAGCCCAUAAGCACGCAGAAUUCAAACGGUUACUUCCACCCGAAAGUGGCCAAGAGCCUAGUGGGAGAUACCCAGGAGGUGCCUCCGAUUGAAAUGAACAUAAUGGCUGAGCCCCGCAAUAACCUUGACCAAGACAACCCGCUGAAAACCCGUGGCCAAAAUGAAUUCAGCACAGUUGGCGGGGGUCCGAAUCAGAAAGUGAGAGGGGCUGUGGUCUGCAGUGUGGCCCCAAACCUCCCCCCACCCCCUCCUUCCAGCUCUGAUAACGAAUCCGUCCUGAAAAACAACUGGGAGCUGGACUAUGAUGUUUAUCCUGGAGACAACGACUACUACUGCCCCCCAUCAGCCAGGGAGUUUCCUCAGUUCGACAUAGUGGAAGACUCCUACCCUGCGGUGCCCUCCAUGGACCCCAGAAGGGCAGCUCGUUUCGGGGGCUUCCCCUUCCCCCUCGAGCGCUAUGACCGACGGGCCCCCCUGCCCCCUUGCUACAGCAACCAGAACCUGGAUGACUUUCUCGGGCCUGACGGGUUGCCCCUUCCGGCCCCCCAGUGUCUGAAUGAAUACACUGCCAUCAGCUACUACCCUACGGAGCACGUGCAAGGUCUCGAGAACGUGUCUGGGAAUGGUUACCGCAGACUGAACAUGCGCCUCAGUGUGGCACAGCCCUCCUACGCAGACUGCAAUACCCUGCCACACACAGGGGCUCCUCUGCGCACCCCCAGGACGUACGAGGGAUCCGACAUGGUAGAGAGUGACUACGGGAGCUGUGAGGAGGUCAUGUUUUAACGUCCCACUGAACAGUCGCAGGCACGUGAUCUGCUUGUUUAACACCCUUUCCAGGGCAUGUUCAGCAGCUGGCAAGAACAUGGUGUCUUCGUGCCACCUGACGCAUUUCAGAACUGAGUGGAAUUUUGCUUCGAGGACAAGGUAAAUAAACAUGGCUUUUUGGAAACGGCGAGACUGUUUUAACUCACAGUCUCGGCUGAAUCGGCGGGCCAAGGAGCUGCUCACUGGCUGCUAGAACCAUCAGUGCCAUGGCUGUAAAGCACGUCAGUAACAAAGUAUUAUUCUUGCAAUCAGCAUGUCCCUGGAGGAUUAUACAGAUGUCCCUUCAAUUUAAUGGACUCUAACAAAAAUUGGGAGUUAGCUGAGGGAGGUUGAGGGCCCUGUCUGAACUGGCCCACACCCACAGACAGACAGCUGCCUUUCGGCAAUUCCACAGAUUUGUUUGUACAUGUCUCCUUACGUAAGAUGUCUGUCUUUGCUUUGCCGACGUUUCUGCUGCUCCACUUGCAGCUGGCUUCUCUAUGACAGCGCAUUGCUGCACUUUCUCUGCUGAGCACUGCUUUUUCUCUUCAAACAAUGCAAGUUCUGCCAUUGACCGUUAUAAGGCAAGCGAGGGAAAACGAACAAGCAAAGAAAAACAGUGUCCUUUACUCUUAAUUCCUCAUCAUUUCCGUGAUUUUCCCAAUCAAGUUGCAAAACAGCCAUUCAAGAAGCCGAGAGAGAAAGACAGCACUCAAUUUUAUGCCUAAUUUAGUGAGAAAAGUAUGAUUGAGGGUAUACCAGACUAUAGAAAAAAAACACAACUUCUUCCCUCUGCAGUACAGUACAUUUAUAUUAUGCACUUAUUUCUAUAUUGUCUCAGACAGUUGUAUUUUAUUUAUGUUGUCUUGUAUCCUGUUGAUGUGAAUUGUAGAAAUGCUGAUAUAUUGCAUCGCCCCAAGAAGCCACAGUAUGACUGACAUAAUGGCUAUAUUUACUUUGUUACACUUAAAGCCAAAACUGUUUACUGAAUAUCCUUGUUUAUUUCUUGGAAAUUAAAUUGUGUCUCAAGACUUGGUAAUACAUUAGGGGUAAGAUUUGUUUUUUGUGCAGCUCAUUAUGUUUUAUGAUUUUUCUUUUGGUUUGUUUAGCUGGUUUUUGAUACAGACCGAAAGAAAAGAAAAGUAACCCCCCCCCCACCUCAAAAUAAAAAACAAAACCGGAGCCUGAUAUAUUUUAUCAUGCCUGCCUGAUCUGGGCUCCAUUUUCACACAUCUCAGGAUCUUUCACAUUGGUAAAAUCUUUCACAUCUUUCCCACAGGCCACUAAAGGAAUAGAAAGUUUCUGGAAUCUUACUGCCUACCAUCGCACAAAGAAGCACUGGCACAUAUUGGACCAAACAAAUAGUUCUUGUUUAGCUUCAGACCAACACCCCCACUUCAGACUGCAUAUAGGAUCAUCCAUUAAUCCAUUACAGGCAUAGGCUAAUGUGAGGCCAACGUUUGCUGAAGUGAGACACAAUAACUACAGUUUCAUUCCUCCAAUAUACGGUAUGAUUCAGUUCGGUUACUGAAAACCAUAACAUGCAUUGCCCUUUUGAUGUAUAUGAAUACAGUACUUAGUAAUUUAGACUAGGACUAUAACAAAAAAUGAUCAAGGCAAACUCAUUUGAUUAAAAUAUAUUAAAAGUAUUGUUAUGUCAUUUGUAAAAGAAAUAUAUAAACUGUCUGUUUCUACAUUAUAUUUCUAAACGUGGUAGAUAUACAGUCCUUUUGAGAGAAGAAUUGCAUGUAAAACGAAGAACAGAGGCUGGCACCUCUUAAGAAAACCUCUCCAAACAUUGCAGCAGUGAUCAAAUGUUUUCUGACUGCCAUGGGUCCUUAGUCCAUUGUUUUUAAAAGUGUAGAAUUUCUUUUGCUGCUAAAAUUCAGAUGGACUUGUGUAAAGAAACACUACAUAAAGCCAAGUGAACAGAACUCUCAGUGAGGAGCUGGCUGUGAAUGCAAAAAAAGGUGUAAAAGUAUUUUGGAAAUGGCAUGAAAAUUGGGUUUCUGUGGUUAUUUAAGACUGGAAUAUUAGUUUUUAUAGACUGUUUCACAUGUAUCAAUUAAUGUGAAACCGUGGGCAAAAUGAACAAGAAUGUCUGAUGAUCUUUUAACGCACUGAGUGAAAGGACAUUUGAAUUUUGCGCAUGCAGAUGCCCUCUGAGAAAGGCCUACGCUGCCAAACAGGUAUUCACCUAAGAUAAGAUCACUUUAUUGCAACCGGCAACCUUCCAGCCAUGGGUGCAGAUCCACUGUAUCACCCAGCCACUACACUGCCCGAUUGAUGCACUUUUGUUAGCAUCAAUCAAAUGACCGACAAAGCAAAAUCCCCCAAACCAACAACAAACACAAAACAGAUUUUCACAAUGGGCAUAAUAAAGACUAUGCUAAAACAAUAUGUCCCACCAUUCACUUGGCCCAAUUCUCAGCAGUCACAUUCUUCAGUGUUAGUAUAACAGACCACGUACAAUUGUGUAUCCUUCCUAAGCCAUGAAAACUGUUCUUUUCAUGGCCUGUAAAUGUGCAGUAGGAUAAAUGGUCAACUUUGUUAAAUAGAUACGGUCAGUCCUUACCGUUGUGGAAUUGGGAAUGCUAGAUUUAUAAUUUAUUGCAUGUAUGAAAGGAUAUACAUAAGUAUAUUUGUGUUUUAUCUGAAAGGCUUGCUGCUUUGAGGGUGGAAUUCAGUUUAGACAGGGGUGUUGGGGGCAAAUUAAUGAUUUUCUUAACAGCUCUAGGAGGUAAAUGUCUGUAACUGCAGGUGAUAGUGAUUUGCCGUUUUUUUCUGUGUUCUACAGUGUAAAGAAACUACAUAAAGCCAUUGUUAAAGAUGUACGCAGUUGUCCAGUGAGUUGUUCUGAACGAAACUUGUUUAAAAUGUAUUUGUAUCUUAAAAUGGGGUUACCCAUAUUUUAAGAAAAAAAGUUGUUUCUCUGU